AGGGACGUUAUUUUGAAAUGCUCAUUUUAAACUGUGGGAUGGAAGCUAACACUGGAACUGUGACAUCAUCCUGCACACAGGGGCCAGGAGAAACAGCCAUUUGCUGUUUGAGAAAGUCUGCUUUUCAUUUACAGUUUGGGUCAGUCAGUGAGGAGGCCUUGCCUGUAACACCAGAGACAAUCCAGUUCUGAGCUGCAUCUUACACCAAAGGCAGAUCACUUUUCUACGUCUCUGACCCAGUUGGAGGAAUUGCGAAUGGAUUAAAAUUUAUAGAUAUAUAUUAACAAUCCCAACUUCCUCCCCUUCUCCGUAGAGAAAAUAACAGGGCAGGCGGGGUGGGGAGUGGGGAAGUUUAAUGAAAUGAAGAAAUGAGUUCAAUGUGCAAGCAACCGCCUAAGUAAGGUCCUGGGAUUCCUAAUCGUAGACUUACUCAGGGAUCUAGAACCUGGUGCUUUGAAACAGUAGCUAACUCACCCUCCAAAAAAAAUGAGGAAACAUCGAUAUUUGCCCUUAGCAGCUAUCUUUUGUCUUUUACUCUCAGGAUAUCAUAUGGCUGAUGCCCAGCAGCAAGGAGCUAAUGUCAAAAUCGGUGCCGCUGCUGAUAUAAUAUUUCUAGUGGAUUCUUCUUGGAGCAUUGGAAAGGAACAUUUCCAACUUGUUCGGGAGUUUCUGUAUGAUGUUGUAAAACAAUUAGAUGUGGGUGAAAAUGAUUUUCGGUUUGGUCUGGUCCAGUUCAGCGGAAGCCCACAUACAGAGUUCCAGUUAAACACGUAUCAUACUAUGCAAGAAGUGCUCUCCCAUAUUUCACACAUGCCUUAUAUGGGGGGUGGAACCAAGACUGGACAAGGAUUAGAGUUCCUAAUUCGGAACCAUCUAACUAAAGCUGCUGGAAGCAGAGUGAGUGAUGGCACCCCCCAGAUAAUUAUAGUCUUAACGGAUGGACGAUCCCAAGAUGAUGUGACUCUGCCAUCAUCUGUUCUUAAAUCUGCUGAUGUAAACAUGUUUGCCAUUGGAGUGCAGGAGGCAGUGGAAGGGGAAUUAAAGGAAAUAGCAAGUGAUCCCCUUGAUAUGCACCUGUUCAACCUAGAGAACUUUACUGCUCUCCACGGCAUUGUGGGAGACUUAGUUGCAAGUAUUCGCUCAUCAGUGACUCCAGAAAUGCCUGGAGCAAAAGGCGAGAUUAAAGACAUCACAGCGCAAGAAUCUGCUGACAUUAUUUUCCUUAUUGACGGAUCAAACAACAUCGGCGCUGUCACUUUCGCAGCUAUCCGUGAUUUCAUUGCAAAUUUAAUUGAAAGACUAUCAGUUGGAGCUGAGCUCAUACGCAUUGGGGUGGUGAUGUAUAGUGAUCGACCCAGAACUGUUUUCUUCUUGAACAGCUACACCCAAAAAUCUGAUGUUCUAGAUGCAGUGAAGGCCCUUAGCGCACUCGGUGGCGAGGAAGCUAAUACUGGGGAAGCUCUUGAGUAUGUGGUGCAAAGCCACUUCACCCGGUCAGCAGGCAGCAGGAUAGAGGAAGGUGUGCCACAGGUUUUGGUGCUGAUAAGCGGCAGUGAAUCUAGCGAUGACAUUAGAGAAGGGGUUUUAGCCAUGAAGCAAGCUAGUAUAUUCUCAUUUAGCAUUGGGGUCCAAAGUGCUGACAAUGCAGAGCUUCAGCAAAUUGCUACUGAUGGAAGCUUCGUAUUUACUGCCCUGGACACAAGUAACCUUGCCGAACUUCAAGAACUGUUACUGCCAAACAUUGUUGGAGUGGCCCAAAGGCUCAUUUUGUUAGAUGCCCCAACCGUUCUUACAGAAGUUGUUGAAGUCAAUAAGAAGGACAUAGUCUUCCUGAUAGAUGGCAGCACAGCCUUGGGAAAUGCCCCUUUUAAUGCAAUUCGUGAUUUCAUUGCCAAAAUCAUCAACAGACUUGAAAUUGGACCGGACCUGAUCCAAGUUGCAGUGGCACAAUAUGCAGAAACUAUGAAACCGGAAUUUUAUUUCAAUACUUUCCAAACGAAAAAAGAGGUCCUUACCAAUGUUAGGAGAAUAAAGCCAGUCGGUGGCGCUCCGCUUAAUACAGGUUCUGCUCUGAGGCUUGUUAAAAACGAGUUCUUUACCAGUGGUGCUGGAUGCAGGAUCGAUGAAGGCGUCCUACCAAUGUUGGUCCUUAUUACUGGUGGUAAGUCCAGAGAUGAUGUUGCCCAACCAGCACAAGAAGUGAAAAGGAACGGCAUAGUGAUCCUUGCCGUUGGGUCCCGAAAUGCAGACCGUGCUGAACUGGAACAAAUUGCCUAUGGACCAAGCUUCGUAUUUACUCCCAGUGAGUUCCGCACUGUCACACUGCAAGGUAUUCUCCCUGAUAUUGUGACUCCUAUACGGACGCUGUCUGGAUCUUCUGUGCAAACAACAUCAGAAGUUCUGUUAAGCAAAAGGGAUAUCAUCUUUCUUUUGGAUGGAUCAGUCAACGUUGGAAAUACCAACUUCCCAUUUGUCCGUGACUUUCUUGUGAACCUAGUUAACUCCCUUGAUGUUGGAAUUGAUGAAGUACGAGUCGGCCUAGUGCAAUUUAGUGAGAACCCCAAAACGGAAUUCUUUUUAAACACUUUCCUAACCAAGCCAGAUGUACUUAAUCGCCUGAGGCAGUUGAGACUCCAAGGGGGAUCAGUACUGAAUGCCGGUGCUGCUCUAGACUUCGUUCUAUCCAAUCACUUCACUGAAGCCGGUGGGAGCAGGCUAGACGAGAACGUUCCUCAGGUGUUAGUCUUCCUUGCAGCAGGGCCAUCUGCCGAUUCUUUCCAGCAGGCUGCCAAUGCUUUAGCUCAUGCAGGAGUGCUGACAUUUUGCAUUGGUGUUAGAAAUGCUGAUAUAACAGAACUUCAGCAAAUCGCGUUUAAUCCACAAAUAGUAUAUUUUAAGGAUGAAUUCAGUUCUCUGGCAGAUUUACCACAGGAAAUGAUUAGGCCCCUAACGACGUAUAUUAGAGGAGAUGUGGAAGAAGUUGUAAUUCCAUCAACAGAAAGCAAGAUUGAUAUUUUAUUCUUGAUUGAUGGGUCAACAAAUCUUGCCGGUCAGGUUGCUGCAGUUCGAGAUUUUUUGGUCCGAAUUAUAUCUGACUUGAAUGUGGGGCCCGAUGCCGUACGUGUCGCUGUGGCACAGUUUAGUGACAAUGUACAACUUGAGUUCAAUUUCCAUGACAUUCCAUCCAAACAAGAAAUGCUUCAAAAGUUGAAAAAGAUGAAGAUAAAAUCAGGGAAACUACUCAACAUUGGUGCUGCAUUAGAUUAUGCCACGAGGAGUAUCUUUGUGAGCAAUGCAGGAAGCAGGAUUGAUGAAGGAGUGCCCCAAUUCUUAGUGCUCCUUGCGGCUGGAAGAUCAAGUGACAGUGUGGAUGACACAGCGGAUGCUUUGAAACAAGCUGGGGUUGUUACUUUUGUUGUCAAAACCCGGAGUGCAGAUCCCUCAGAAUUAGAAAAGAUUGUUUAUGACCCUCAGUUCAUUAUAACUGCUGAGUCCCUCUCUAGACUUGGAGACAUACAACCUGAAAUAGUCAGCCUACUGAAAACCAUUCAGAUUAAACAUCCAGUUGAUGAAGCUCAGAAGAAAGACGUUGUAUUUUUGAUAGAUGGUUCAGAUGGUAUCAGGCGUAGUUUCCCAGAACUGAAGUCCUUUAUACUGAGGAUGAUUGAUAAUCUGGAUAUUGGCCCUGACAAAGUCCGGGUUGCUCUGGCCCAACACAGCAAUACUAUAAAACCGGAGUUCCUUCUGAAUGAGUACUUGGACAAGGCAGAUAUAAUCCAGGCUAUCCAGAGAGUGUCUGCUAUGGGAGGUUCUCCAGUUAACACAGGAGCUGCCAUCAACUACCUUAUUAGCCAUGUGUUCACACAACAGGCUGGAAGCAGAGUAUCUGAAGGUGUCCCACAGUUCUUGAUACUGGUGACCGCUGAGAAGUCAACAGAUGAUAUCCGAAGGCCUGCCAUGGAUCUGAAGACAAAGGGAGCUGUGCCGUUUGGCAUCGGCAUCGGCAAUGCAGAUAUCACUGAACUCCGGGCAAUUUCGUAUGUUCCUGAAUUUGCACUCCUUGUUUCUGGUGUCAGCGAAUUGAAUACCGUACAGGAACUCAUUGCCGACAGAGUGACUCGGCUGACCAGGGCAGAAAUAGACGCUUUGAGGCCAUCAUCCCCUGAUUCAGGGGAUAUAAAAAGAGAUGUUGUAUUCCUUAUUGAUGGCUCGAAGUCUGCAGCUGGUGAAUUUAAUUCUAUUAUUGAAUUUAUUGAAAGACUCGUAAACAAUCUGAAUGUGGGUUCUGAUAACACUCGUGUAGCUGUGAUUCAAUUCAGUGAAGAUCCCAAGGUUGAAUUUCUUUUGAACGCACACUCUACCAAGGAUGAGGUACAAGCUGCACUAAGAAGGCUGAGACCCAAAGGAGGGAACAAAGUGAAUGCAGGGUCCGCUAUAGAAUAUGUGUCAAGAAAUAUAUUUACCAGGCCUUCAGGAAGCCGCUUAGAAGAGGGUGCCCCUCAGUUUUUAAUCCUCUUUCUUUCCCGUGAUCCUGACGAUAUUGUAGAGGAUUCUGCAGUUGAAGUCAAGCGAGUUGGUGUGGCAUCACUUCCUAUUGGAAAGAAUGUGGAUCGUGAAGAAAUGGUCAAAAUAGCUCUUAGCCCCGAAUAUGUAUUUCAGGUGUCAGCUUUUCGCCACCUGCCUAAUCUGGAGCAGAAACUGAUAACCCCUAUCACAACACUAACCGCACAGCAGAUAAAUACACUCAUUGGUGAUGUAUCAGUAAUUCCAGAUAUUGAUAGUGAAGCAAAAGACAUUGUCUUCCUUAUUGACAGCUCUGCCAAUGUUGUGCCAAAUGACCUCCCUCACAUUCGUGAUUUCAUCAUCAGAAUUGUCCAGCAGUUAGACAUUGGACCAAACAAAGUGAGAAUUGGUGUUGUCCAGUUCAGCAAUGAUGUAUUUUCUGAGUUCUUCUUAAAAACCUACUCAACCAAAGACGCUGUGAUACAAGCCCUGCGCCGUUUGCGGUACAGAGGAGGUUCUCCUCUGAAUGUUGGGAAGGCUCUGGACUUUGUUGUGAGGCACCACUUUGUGAAAUCUGCAGGAAGCAGGCGAGAAGACGGAGUCCCACAGCACUUAGUUCUCUUGCUUGGGGGGAGAUCCCAGGAUGAUGUCAGCAGACCGUCCAUUGUGAUACAGUCCUCUGGGAUCAAGGGUCUGGGUGUAGGAGCGAGGAAUGCAGACAGCGCGGAACUGCAGAGGAUUACCAAUGAUCCUAGAACUGUGUUUGUUGUGAAAGAGUUUACCCAGCUCCCAGCAAUAGAGAAACGAUUCUUUGCAUCAUUUGAGGCACCUCAAGAACCAACAGUAAUACCUCCUGAGAUCCCUACUGAUGGUAAAAAACAAGCAGACAUCGUCUUUUUGCUGGAUGGUUCCAUCAACUUUGGAAGAGACAAUUUCCAAAAAGUCGUUGACUUUGUGUAUGACAUAGUUGAUGCUAUUUAUGAAGAAGGGGAUUCCAUUAAAGUUGGCUUAGUGCAAUACAGCUCAGAAGUGAGUGAUGAAUUCUUUCUGAAGGAUUUCUCCAACAAGGAACAGAUCCUAGAGGCAGUGAAUAAAACGGUGUACAAAGGAGGCAGAGCUGCUAAAACUGGAUCAGCCAUCAAGCACAUCCAAGCAAAACACUUUGUGAAGGAGGCUGGCAGCAGGGCAGACCAGAGAGUCCCACAGAUCGCUUUUAUUAUAACAGGGGGCAAGCCUGAGGAUGAUGGGCAGACGGCAGUCUUGUCACUGGCUCAGAAGGGUGUCAAGGUAUUCGCAGUUGGCGUGAAAAACAUUGACCUCGGUGAGGUUUCCAAACUCUCCAGUGACAGCACCACAGCCUUUAGAGCUGCAACAGCCCAGGAACUCUCAGAGCUGAAUGAAGCCGUGCUGGUUACGUUGAAUGAUGUCAUGAAAGAGCAGUUGUGCCGAGGUGUGGGAGAAGUCUCAAGAGAUUGCAGUUUGGAUAUUAUACUGGGAUUUGAUGUCUCAGAUGUUGGACCAGGACAAAACAUAUUCAAUCUGCAGAGAGCACUUGAAUCACAGGUUGAAGACAUUCUGAACAGGAUCACUCAACUGCAGAGAAUUAGCUGCACUCGCAACCAGCCUCCAGUUGUGCGCGUGGCCAUCAUGGCACAAACCCCCUCUGGGGCUGUGGAAGCGUUUGACUUUUCUGAGUACCAGCCAGAGCUGUUCGAGAAGUUCCAAGCCAUGCGUAACGGUGGUCCAUAUGUCCUAACUGCAGAGACACUCAGAUCCUAUCAGAAUAAGUUCAGAACAGCUCCUGGUGGAAGCGUGAAGGUGGUGAUACACUUAACUGAUGGCAUUGAUGGUGCUAAAGGACAGUUAGCAGCUGCAUCUGCUGAUCUGAAGAGAGAAGGCGUCAGUGCUCUCAUCCUUGUAGGAUUGGAACGAGUGGCAAAUUUUGAGGAAGUGAUGCAGCUGGAAUUUGGGCGUGGCUUUAGUUAUAAUCGCCCUCUCCGAGUAAAUCUGCUGGAUCUAGAUUUUGAAUUGGCAGAACAACUGGAUAACAUCGCAGAAAAGGCAUGCUGUGGUGUGCCAUGCAAAUGUUCUGGACAACGGGGAGACAGAGGAUUGCCAGGUUUAAUUGGACCAAAGGGAGUUCCAGGGGAAAAUGGAUACAGAGGCUAUCCAGGAGAUGAAGGUGGACCGGGUGAUCGUGGACCACCGGGGGUCAAUGGAACUCAGGGAUUCCAAGGCUGUCCAGGAGAGAGAGGAACUAAGGGGAAUCGUGGAUUCCCAGGGGAAAAGGGCGAAUUGGGAGAGAUUGGUCUUGAUGGAAUAGAUGGAGAAGAGGGAAACAGAGGACAUCCAGGUUCUCCCGGAGAGAGGGGAAGCCCUGGCAGACGCGGUGGUAAAGGAAUCAAAGGGGAAAGAGGAGAAAGAGGUGACCACGGACUGCGAGGAGAUCCAGGGACGCCAGGAGCUGAUAACAACCAGAGAGGACCCAGAGGCCAAAAGGGUGAACUCGGACCAAUGGGAGAACGCGGAAGAGACGGACCUACAGGCCCCCCAGGAGAUCCUGGAAGGACUGGAGGACUUGGCAGAAGAGGACCUCCAGGAGUCAAAGGAAACAGAGGUGCAGCAGGACUACCAGGAGCUGCAGGAAAACAGGGUACAAGAGGGCCAGAGGGUCCACCUGGCCAAGCUGGAGCACCUGGUCUUCGGGGAGAGCAAGGCAUUCCUGGCCCAAGGGGUGCUGGAGGUCUACCUGGUUCUGCUGGGGAGCGUGGCAGACUUGGUCCUUUCGGUAAAAAAGGUGAACCUGGUGACCCUGGUCCAAAGGGGCCCAAUGGUCCACCUGGGCCUCGAGGAGAGACGGGAGAGGAUGGUCGAGACGGAGUCGGCACGGCUGGUGCUAAAGGCAGAAGGGGAGAAACUGGUUUCCCAGGAUAUCCCGGACAAAGGGGUGCACCUGGAGACUCUGGUACUGUUGGUGAUCCUGGCCCCAAAGGAAGCAGAGGUCACAGGGGAAGGGCAGGGGAACCUGGUGCACGAGGCCCAAGAGGAGAGAGAGGAUACCCAGGACCAAGUGGACUUAAGGGUAACAAAGGAGAAGCAAGAGAUGAAUGUGCACUUAUACGCAACAUCAAAGACAAAUGCCCUUGCUGUUAUGGUCCAAGAGAAUGCCCAAUAUAUCCAACAGAACUGGCAUUUGCUAUAGAUACCUCUGCUGGUGGAAGGGCGGAUGUUUUCAACAGAACGAAGCAAGCUGUGCUGACAAUUCUUAAUGAUCUCACAAUUGCUGAGAGCAACUGUCCACGGGGUGCCCGUGUUGCAUUAGUUACAUACAACAGCGAAAUCACCACUGAGAUCCGUUUCGCUGACUUCCGAAGGAAGAAAAACCUUGUGAAAAAGAUCGAGGACCUCCAAAUUCAGCAGACAUCAAAACAGCGAAAUCUAGAAGCUGCAAUGUCCUUUGUGGCCAGGAAUACAUUCAAACGUGCACGUAGUGGGUUCCUCAUGAGGAAGGUGGCUGUUUUCUUCACCCAUGGGCCAGCAACAACAGCAGCAUCUCCACAACUGAAUGAGGCUGUGAUGAAGCUCUACGACGCUGGAGUCGUGCCCGUGUUCCUUACCAGCAGAGAGGACAGGGACCUUGUAAAUGCACUGCAGAUCAACAACACUAUAGGUGGACAGGCUAUUGUAUUUGCUGGUGGUGCAAAUCAACAGGCCCAAGCUCUUAGGAGAGCAUUAACAUGCCAUAUUUGUUUAGACGUGUGUGAUCCUGAUCCCAGCUGUGGUCCCCAAAGGGCUGGCUUUGGUAGAGACAGACGGGCAGCCCCUACAGAUGUUGACAUUGAUGUAGCAUUCCUCCUGGAUAGCUCUGAUAGCACUACUCCACUGCAGUUCAGAGAGAUGAAGAACUACAUUUCAUACCUAGUAAGCCAGAUGGCUCUGAGCUCCGAUCCCAAGGCAUCCCGGCACCAUGCCAGGGUAGCUGUCAUCCAACAUGCUCCUUAUGAAUUUGAAUCAAACUCAAGUGCAUCUCCCGUCAAAGUUGAAUUGUCAUUGACAGACUAUGCAUCUAAAGAACAGCUGAUGGAUUUCAUUAGUAAUCAAAUGGUGCAGCUGUAUGGGACACGAGCUGUGGCAAGUGCAAUAGAAUAUACAACAAGACACAUUUUUGAGAGUGCACCUAAUCCCAGAGAUCUCAAAGUCUUUGUCUUGAUGAUGACAGGAGAAGUUAAAAAUGGAGAACUGGAACACCUUCAGAAAGUUAUUGCAGAAGCUAAAUGCAAAGGAUACUUUUUUGUCAUAGUAGGCAUUGGUAAGAAACUUAACAUCAAGAAUAUCUACAGUUUGGCAAGUGAGCCUAAUGAUGUCUUCUUCAAAUACAUUGACAAGCCAUCCGAGUUUAACGAAGAGCCGUUGUUACGCUUUGGAAACCUCUUGCCAGCCUUUAUCAGCAGUGAAAAUGCCUUUUACCUGUCUCCAGAGGUCAAGAAACAAUGUGACUGGCUCCAGGCUGAUCAGCCAGUCCAAAAAUUUGGUCAGAAACAAAUAAAUGUUCCAAAUAAUGUUACUGCCUUGCCUUCUACAACAAGAAAGCCAGAAGACAAUGACUUUGGCUUUCCUUCUGCAGAGAGCAUGCCCCUGCCCAAAUUACCUUCAGCAGCUAAAGCAAAUCUGAUAGUGAAUGCUGAGCCAUUGCAAGGACCUGAAACGGAUCCUUGCUUGCUGGACCUUGACAUGGGCACACAGUGCAAGGAGUAUCAGGUUAAGUGGUUCUUUGACUACAAAAACAAGAUCUGCACCCAGGUUUGGUAUGGUGGGUGUGGUGGUAACGCCAAUAGAUUUGAGACAGAAGCUGACUGCAUUAACAAAUGCUUGAAGCCAUCAGAUGAGACAGUCAUGCAGCUGCCUGUCCUUGCGAAAAGCCACUUGUCAGGACAGAAAGUGCCCAAGAAGAAAGUACCCAGGAGGAAAUUAUCCAGAAGGAAAUUGGAAAGCAGAGCAAAAAACAUAGCAAGAGCAGUGAAAGAUAUCUGUAUGUUGGAGAAAAAAGUAGGACCCUGCAGGAAUUUUACCCUGAAAUGGUCCUUUGACCCAGCACGCAGAAGCUGUACUAGAUUCUGGUAUGGGGGUUGUGAUGGAAAUGAAAACAGAUUUAACACACAAAAAGAAUGUGAAAAUCUCUGCAUGUCGGCCCUUGAAAAACCUAGCAUUGCAACAACAAUAGGAACCUAAAUCACAGCAAAACAUCAACGUUUACCUCUAAGAAAAUCAGGGGUCAGCCAUUGCCAUCAUACCCCUCAUAAAAGCUAAGGGUAUAGACUACCUUGCACUGUGCUAUUUCUGCUUUAUGUUCUAAGCAAACCUUGAAGAAAGAGUUUGGCUGCACGACUUUUAUCAAUAUGGUGCUAAACUGUUUGUGGACUGAAUGCUAAAUAUGUCUGGGAUAUACUCUAUAUUGUCAACAUUAUGUAAUAUGUACCCACCACAGAUCUUAUUUGUUUGAGCAAAUUACAGUUUCUUUUGAGUUCUGGCAUCAUCCCUAUUUUAGGCAGUGUAAAGACUAGAAAAUAAUGAAACACAAAUCACUGCCAACUGUUAUGUACUUGCUUUUAUCAUUUCCAUAACUGAGCAUAACUUUAGAUGGAAAGCCUUGUAUUAAAAAGAGUAGUCAAUCCUGGAACACAAACAGUCCAAAUUUUCAUUCUGGUUUUAUUCUUCCUGGAUUAGACUUUAUACUAAUUCUCUUUUAUGCAUAUGUGAUCAAUCAAACCAGAAAAAUCCAGUAUUUCUUAAUACAGAUGCACUGCUAGGACCAACAACUGAAUUAAAGAAUUUUUAAAAUAUGGUGUAGAAGGUUAUUGGCAAUCCUCUAAUGUGUGUUUUAUAUUUUUUUUGUUUUGGGGAUUUGGGGGACAGGAAUUUCUUUUAAUUGUGGUAUUUGUUUUUAGGAACUCUAUACAAAAGAACUGUUAAAUAAAGUUAAAUCGUGAUUUAGAAA